UUUUAACCCAUUCACCACGCCAACAAUGCUCGUUCAUCCUCCCCCAACGGCGCACCGCUCACCGCUGGCGGCAGCCCUGAGCUCUCACCAAACGACUCCAACCUCUCCGCACUGGAGAAACCUAACCGCUCGCCACCGGUGGCUGAAGGACCCCUGCCGAGCUCCGAACAACCACCGGCCGACUCCGACGUCCUUCAUGUCCCUCCGCCGCAGCUGAAUCCUUCGAGCAAACGAAUCGCGCCGCCUCCUCCCGUUGCAGCACGAACCCUAGCCGCGGCUGAGCGAAGUGAAAUCAGCAGGAGGCUUCUCUGGAGUAUCACGGCUUCACUCACUUUCCUUGCUCUGGUCGGUGUUCAGCUCGCGCGGAAUGCUCCCCAUGGAGAAAUUAACCCGUUGAAGCUUCUGAAAGUGGUAACAAGCACCACAGCAUACAUCUUCAUCCUACUUCUGCUGCCGUUAACACACCAGAUUCGGAAAAUCGAGCUCGGAGUAUUUUCCGGUAUCGUGCUCAACUCGAUAGUUUUGAAUGUGCCGAUUGGGUUGGCCCUCUACUCGGAGGAUGAUGGCUGGGAACUGGUCAUGGUCAAUCUCAUUUUCCUCCACAUUAUGGCUUUAGUUAAUUCAGCUGUGGUCUCUAUCAAACUUUUCGACUCGGCUCAUAUCGUUCUCACGGUUGUCCUGAGCUCAUUGCUAUUUGUCGCCCACAAGCACGAAAAGUCAGGGACGGCCUUCCGGUUGAUAGAUGCGUAUUACUUCUAUUAUGCAAAGCCAUGGAUCAAGUUUCUCCGGGAUUUUGUGGCCAAAAUGAAGGUGCCUGAGUUUCCUGAGGUUGUGUGGCGGGUCAGGGAUGUGGUGGCUGAUGUCUCGGGGGACUACUUGCGUAAGGGGACUUCAUGUGUUUACGAGCCAUUGCUGAGGUCCAGCGUAUGGAAAAUCAGUAGCAUGGCACAAGAAAAGGGUUCAGGAGGUCAGGCCCCGAGCAAGCAGCUGGCUGGACAGAAGAUGUAUCACUCUUUGCGGCCCAUUUUCACCGGCCCAGAUAUUGGCCCUACAAUUUUUAGCCCAGACCUCUUACCACCCAUCUUCUCCAAGGGAUUUGCCAACAAUGCUCCGUUCCCCUCCCCCACCGGCGUACCGCCCACCGCCGCCGUCCUCCCCCAGCUCGCACCAAACGACUCCAAACUCUCCGCACUGGAUAACCCUAACCGCUCGCCACCGGCGGCUGAAGGACCACUGCCGAGCUCCGAACAACCACAGGCCGACUCCGACGUCCGUCCUCUCGCGCGGGAAUGGGAUGCUCCCCAUGGAGGAAUUAACUCGUUGAAGCUACUGAAAGUGGUAACAAGCUCCUCAGGAUACAUCUUCCUCCUACUCCUGCUGCCGUUCACACGCCAGAUUCAAAAAAUCGAGCUCGGAGUAUUUGUCGGUAUCGUGCUCAACUCCAUAGUUUUGACUGUGCCGAUUGGGUUGGCCCUCUACUCGGAGGAUGGCUGGGAACUGGUCACGGUCAACCUCAUUUUCCUCCACAUUAUGGCUUUAGUUAAUUCAGCUGUGGUAUCUAUCAAACAAUUCGACCUGGCUAAUAUCAGUCUCACAGUUGUCCUGAGCCCGUUGUUUUUUGUUGCCCACAAGCACGAAAAGUUAGGGAUGACCUUCCAGUUGAUAAAUGUGUACUACUUCGUUUAUGCAAAGCCAUUGGUCGAGUUUAUUCGGAAUGUUGUGGCCAAAAUGAAGGUGCCUGAGUUUCCUGAGGUUGUUUGGCGGGUCAGGGAUGUAUUGGCUGAUGUCUGGGGCAGGAUGCCGAACUUUUUCCAUGGUGGAUGGCGUUUCUCGUGGGACUACUUGCUACUUCAGCUACUUGCAGCAAGCUUCAUGGCACCAACAAUGCUCCGCUCACCCUCCCCCACUGGCGCACCGGCCAGCGGCGGCGUCCCUGAGAUGGCACCGAAAGACUCGAACCUCGGCGUAAUGAAGAACCGUAACCGCUCGCCACCGGCGACUGAAGGACCACUGCUAAGCCGCGAACAACCAUCGGCCGACUCCAACGACCGGCGUGUACCUCCGCCGCCUAUGAAUCCCUCGAUCAAACGAAUCCCGCAGCCUCCUUCUGGCUCAGUACGAACCCUAGCUGCAGCCGAGCGAGGCUCGCGCGGGAUGCUGCCCGUGGAGAAAUUGGCCCGUCGAAAAGUCGUAAUAACCUCAUCAGCAUACAUUUUCAUCCUACUCCUGCUGCCGUUUACACAUCAAAUUCCGAAAAUGGAGCUGGGACAAUUUGUCGGGUUCUUGCUCGAGGCUUCAUUGGACUCUACGGCUGGGUUGUCCUUCUACUUCGAGGAUGGCUGGAACCUGGUCAUGUUCAAUCUGAUUUUCGUUCACCUCAUGGCUCUGGUCAAUUCGGGCGUGGUUUUUGUCAAACAUCUCGAUCUGGUAAAUACAUGUCUCCCAGUUGUCUUGAACAUGUUGCUAUUCGUUGCCCACAAGCACGAAAAGUCAGGGAUAGCCUGCAAGUUGAUAAUUGCAUUUUCUAUCAAGUAUUUUGAUGACUGGGUCGAGUUUUUGAGGGAUUUUGUGGCCAAGAUGAAGCUGCCCGAGUUUCCGGAGUUUGUGUGGCUGGUCAGGGAUGCCAUGGCUGGUGUGUGGGGCAGGGCAUCGAAAUUUUUCCUUGGUGGGUGGCUUGCGUCGGGGGACUGCUUGUGUAAGGUCCUUGGGGUUUAUUUUGAUGUUCUCCUUAACAAAAUCGAUGAGCAGGGGACAUCAUUUAUUUACGAGCCAUUGCUGAGUCCCCACAUUUCAAGAAUCGGUAGCCGGGCAAAGGGUUCUGGAGGUCAGGCCCCGGGUGAGGCAGCUGGCUUUGUCGUCCGAAGAUGGAAGCAUGUUAAUGAAGAUGCCCUUGGUUGUGUUGCUCCCUUCACACUUGUGAAUGACUCAGUAAGGCUCGUCAUCAUCACAAAUCUCCUCCUCCUCCUCCUCCUCCUCCUCCUUCUCCUCCUCCUCCUCCUAAAAGUCCUCCGGGUGAUUUUUGUGGUAAAUAUGUGCAACAAAUGCUGGGUGGGAUUUGCUAAAUGCUUCGGGAUAUGCGCAGGGUAUCACGAUCCAAAUGUAUUCCCGAUGCACGUCCUGUUUUCGGCCAUGGCGUCUGAGGAGAAGUCGAGUAUAAAGGCUCAACCUAUUGAACGCCCUCUCGGUGAAAGUCUUGAUGACUAUCGUUGUAGUAAGUGCAUCUGCCAGUACAAUACGAAAAAAUGAAUAUUCCUUACCUUGCUAUCUUCAAAUUUAUUGAAUUUCACUAUUUAUUUGUUGAUAUAGUUCGAAACUAUAGUAUUUGUAUUUUACUAGGAGUCAUAGUUAAUAGACCUUGAAAUAGGAUUAUUCGAAAUGAUAUAAUUAAAGUGAGAAAGUGAACCAAAACAAGAGUGGAAGUUCCUAUGUUAGGUCGGUCUAACCAUUAGGCAACGCACUUUUCCGCAAAUAUGGGUAAAACUGAUGUAUAUUUUUUCUUUUUUUAAUCUUGAUUUUUGAAAAAAAAAAAAAAAUGACUAGAAUCUUGCAAAGAGUGUGGGGAUGCAUUUUCCAAAUGCCAAGGCAACUGCACAGAUUCUAGCGGACGACCGAUUACAUGCUCUCCAACUCCCAACCGUCGUUUCUAGAACAAAAUUCUCCACGAGCAUUAUGCGAAAAUUUUCGAUCCAUGAGCGUUUGCUUUUUGUUGUUUGGGAAUACUAACUCGGAAUGCUCAAACUCGACUAGUUCGGAUCGAUUAUUGCAUUGUACUCAAUGAAAAAUGUUCACUAAUACUUUAAUUGAGUAAAAAUAAAAAAUAAAUUCUGAUAGUGUAAAUUUGCUUUUAUCAUUUCGUUACACAUUGUAUUUUCUACUUGUUACUCUGAAGUAAUUAAAUCAAUAUAAAUAUAAAUUGGAACAUCUGUAUAAGUUUAGUUUUGAUUCAUCUAUUAUUGAUACAUAAAAAGAUUCGACCCUACUUUCGUGGCAGUGUCUCUACGGAGUUUCAGCCG